AGUUAAUGUUUUUAAUAUAUUUUAGUUGAAAAAAAAAAUUAAAUCAAUAAUGUCAGAUGAACAAGAAGAUAUAUUUUUUAUUUAUGACUGCAAUGCAAUACAGAGCGAAUAUGAAACUUUGGAAGAUGCUGUCUUGUUUUGCCACCCGAAACCACUUGGAGAUACAGAUGAUAUUUAUCUUCUCUUCGGCCAGUUAGUUGGAAUGGUAGCAUUUACUGAAAGUCUGACUGGUGCAAUCCCAAAGAUAAUUUGCUUAGAAAAAACCAAGUUUGCAAUAAUAAAACAGUCUCAUUAUCUCAUAUUACUUGGUUCUUCUGUCAACAACAUUCCAGAUGGUUUUCUGCUUAAAAAGCUGGAAAGAUUUGUGAAUGUUUUUACUUUCUAUCAUGGCUCUUUGCAUCAUUUACGUCAGAGAUGUGGCUUAAAGGAAGAUUUUUUACUGGAAUUGGAUUUGAUCAGUAGUAGUUACCUUGCCUUUGCUCAAAGUUAUGGCAUGAUCAUUGCGUCAAUUUUUGAUCGUCUUCAAGCUGUGACAUUUAACAAAUUAAGCAGUAUGGUGUACAUGAAUGUUUGUCAGAUUUUACAAGCUUGUCAAAGAAGGGAUAAUGUCUAUAGUGGAUGUCUUUUUUCUGAAUCUCGGUUGAUUUGCUCACAACUCCCAGUUGAAUUGGCUCAUUAUUUACAGUUACUAAAACCCAACCAAAACAAUCAUCCAGCAUCUGUAUAUUAUCCAGGUUUUGAUUGGCCGUUUGGUGUUCGAAUUUUACAAGUAUAUGUCACACCCGCACAAUAUGAACAACUUUUAGAAACAUCAUAUUUGUCUCCGUACAAAAACAAAACACGUCGAAUAGAUUCUGCGCUAAAGAAAAUGAAACAUGUAAAAAAGCUGAAAACAAAAACAGAAAUCCCAAAAACCUCUUUCACAAGUAAAGAUUCUCUUUGGUCUGAUGAAAGUCAGGAGUUGAUGGAUUCAUUAGGAAAUUCUUCCACGGACUUAACAUCAUCAGUUAAAAGCGAACAGGUCUGCCAAUGUCGUUAUCUGAUAAACGAAGAGCUAUCUGCUAUUUUUAGUAGUAACAUGGAAUCGCGUUUACCUAGAAAAUCAGAUGAUACAAGCAGCUUGGACCGAUAUGGAAUUAGGCAUACAUGUGUUGAGAAACAUGGUCUCCCAUUCUCUGAGGGUGAUAAUAAAAUGCACAAUCGGGUUUCAGAAAAGGACCCACAGGAGGAGUUUCUAAAUAGCAUGUCCAGUGUAAGUAUAAACUCACAUAAUCUAAAUGUAGUUGGGCUAAGUGGAAUUACUGAAGAAACCAGUAGGGUGAAACCCUCACAUGAUGAUGUUAAUAUAAACAUGGUAGAUAGCGAAAACACGGACUUAGUUGAGGAAAAACUAAGUGAUCGGAAAGACUUACCAAAGUUUCUCAUGUCACGAAAAAUGAGCGAUGAAUUAAACAUUGGAAGUGCAGAUCAUAAGUGGGCGAACAGUCAAGAAAACAGUGAUUCUAAGAAGAACAAAGAACAAGAGGACAUAGUGGUGACGGAUGACAUGAAGGAGUUGCAUCUUUACGUUCAAGCUCAUUCCAACACCAUCUUGUUACUUUUAAUGGAACCUCAAUCUUACGAUAGACACACGUUCAAAUCAUUGUGGGAGACUAUACUACCUCAACUUGGAGAUAUCGAAGCUCAAGUCAAAUCAAUUCUCUCCUCUUCAGCUGAAAAGGUUGGGAAGCAAAAAGAAACGUUUUGUUACUUGAAACGUAAUAAACUGCAAAACACGUGUGAGACUCUGCAGUAUCCCAUAAUGCAAUUCUAGCCCAAUAAAAUCGUGCACGAGUUAAAAAUGGCGCGAAAGUGAGUUAUUACGUGAAAACAUUUUGGCGUGCGUUGCAACAACGUGUUGUUAGCUAUUUGACCUCGUCAUUAAAAUAUAAACCACAUUGGUAUGUCAUUAGAUGGUAACUUUAUGUUUCGAAAUUGAAAUUAUAAAACACAUUUUGAAAGUUUUAUGAUGUCAAUUUUAAUAUAUUUUGUGUCGUGAUGUGCGGGAGGUUUUUUUAUAUUAUGUAAAGAUAUAUAAAAUAGUUUGUAUUCCGUGCAGUAAAGAUAGUAUGAAUCGCAACACAUUUGCUGGGGGUUUUUUCUUCUUUAUUUUAAAGUUAAGGAACAACUUAGAAAUUUUUCAAGAAAACUUUCAGCAUUCGUUUCGAGAAUAUGUAUCUCUCUAAAAGAAUACUCAGUUUGGUAAACAUAUCCAAAUUUUUAUUUUGUUAUUAUACGUAAAUCGCUACAAAAUAUUUGCAUUCAGUUUUUUGAUGGUUGCGUGAGUUGGAAAGCUUGUAUGUAAAAAAUAAUUUUAAUCUUUUAAAUAUGAGAGAAGAUUUCUUAUGAGAAGAAUACUUGACUUGGAAAACAAAUCUGAUCUUCGAACUGAGAAUUGAGUUUAAGUAAUGGCUUUAAAGGAAGUUACGAGUGAAGAAAAGAAGUGUAGAAAGUAUAUAAAAAUCGAGCUCGAGAAAAGGAGCGUUUUUUUAUUUGAUUAAAGCUACUAAAUGCUUUUGCCUUUAUUUGAAAUCAAGAUCGUUUUUUUUUCACGUCGUGCCGCCGAUGUGAUAUUUUAUUUACAUGCCGUGUAAACUCAUCGGUAUUCGCGACGACAAUUACCGAGUGCCGACGUGAAUUAGAAAGGCUGUUUUUUUAUAUAUAUUUCAUCUGCGUUUUUUUUUUGUUAAUUGUUUUUCAAUAAAACGUGUGAAAUAUCCGCGCUGAAUUUCGUCUUUUUUUCAUCAACAUCAUCAUGUUUUUUCAGAGUUUGGUGUUAUCGUCUCGACACGGAUUAAUUGAACAGCGUUUCACUGAGCUCUCAUGUCAAUACUUCAUUAUGUUUUCACAAAAAAAAUGCAUGCUGACGUAGUUUCGAGACUGCAUUUUUUUCUGUGAAAUUUCAAACCACACGAGAUGUUUGUAUGAGAAUUAUUAUAUGCAAAAAAAUGUUUGACGAGAGGGAAAUAUAUUUUACAAAUUUUGGUUUUAAAAGCUGUUUCGUACUAAUUUAUUUGUUAACGCGCCAAAGACUUCUUUUGUUUUAUUUUUUGUUUAAAUGGCACGACAUUGUUAUAGGAAUUAACAUCUACGUAUAAAUUUUUAUUUUUUCAUAAAAAAUAUAUUUUUCAUUCAUUUCAUUUUUGUGUAAUUUAAUUAACUUAAAUGUUAUGAAAUUUCAUUCCAAUUACUUCUCGAGGAAGCACAAACUGAUAAUAUGUUGAGAGGUCAUAUAUUCUGUAGGUGCCUACGUGCAUACAGGAAAGAACAGGAUUUCCUCUUUCGCUCAAAGUCAACUAAGUUGAAUCUCAUAGCAUCUUUUUUUAUUAUUGUUAUAAUUGUCAACGAAUUAUCUGAUCAAACGUAUUUUCAAUUCAGUUCUUUUCACCUUUGUAGAAUGUUUUAUUUAUGUGUUUUCAUGUUGAGUGCAAUUCUAUUUUCUUUUCUGUGUUUAUUGGUUAAUGAUUAUUACUUUUCUCUUUAUAAAAAACUCUUUAGUUAUGAAUUUUAAUUUUAUAUGUUGAUGAUUUUUUCUUUCUUAGCUUUUUUUUCGUAAUUCUUCAAUCCUGUUUAAGUAUCUCUAAGUGUUUUAUAACUAUUAACAUCUUGAAAAUUAUAUUACAGAAUUUAAUAACAAGAAUACUGAUGAUAUGAAAAUAAAAAAUGCUGAUUCACCUAAACAACGACACAUGUGGAAGUUUAAUCCAACCUCUGUCGGGAAGCCAUCUUCAAAAUGGCGUCCUGGCUAUUUUAUUCGCGCUCACAGCUGGAUUCAUUUCGGUUACGAAUAGCAUUGUUCUACUUGGUGUGUUAAAGACCCGACAAUGGAAAGUCAGAUCAAGCCGUUUGUUUUUGUUUCUAAUCCUUUCCGACUUAAUGAUUGGUUUAAUAACAGUCCCGCUGGUCGUCGCAGUACUGGCAAGGCCAACAUUAAACUUAAAACCAGGCUGUUUAUUUGCAAUCAUGAUGAACUUUUUCCGUGUGUUCCCAACGAUAUUAUCUUUAAUUACCGUAUGGCUUAUCGCUGUUGAUCGUUAUUACGCGAUUUUGAAGAAGCGUUUACACGUGCAAUACGCGACAACGCGUGGGAUAUCAACUCUGUUAUGCUGCGAGGUUAUCGUGGCGUUUAUAUGGAGCUACCUACAUCCCGGCCAGUGGAUAUCUCUGGUGGUACUGGGUGUUCUGAAGGCUUUUGUGUUUAUUUCAAUAUGCGUGAUUUAUUACCAUAUUCUCGAACAUGUUAGAAGCACGGCGAAACGGACGAGGGAGUCAUUCCACGACAUUUCUGUUCGGCCGGUGUACGAUCACACACUCUGUCGCAUAAGUUUGCUUGUGUCGGUGUCACUGAUCGUGUGUUACCUGCCGUCAACACUCGCUAACUUAUACAUGGCAUACACCAUGGCCACACACACUAGGAAUAUUAGGACUUUAUACUACUUAGAGGCAUGGUCGAUUUUACCGAUGUAUGUAAACAGUGGAAUUAACGGGGUUUUGUUUAUUUAUCGGAACCGUAAACUUCGUCGAUGGACGUUGAAGUUAUACAAACAUUUAUUUUGUUUUGAUCGUACACCGAUGUCUCCCGCAAGGCUUGCGAGAAGAGACGCUAUGGUCGUGGACAAGAAGAGCUCUCUGGAGAUUCAGAAAGUCGUCUUCGCUUUUAAUUCAACUUGAUAUUUUCACCCUCCUCCACAAGGACUUUUAUAAAAACCUUUUAUGUGAAUGUUUCGCCUUAGUUUAACUUUAGUUGGUGAUUUUAGUUUUUUGUAAACAAAGAAUUUACAUAUUUUUUAUGUUUGCUUUUCUUGCCAUGCUUCUUUAAAUCACUCGUGGGAGAUCGAGACAUGUGUAGGAUUGAAAGUAAUUGUCAUGAAACAAAACUAGUUGAUUUA